CGCUGCACUAAAGUUCCAAACAGAGGGCCCUUGAUGCCCUCCUCUCAUAUUUGCAAAAUCUUACCACCUCUCCAAAGUCUCUAGACACACACAAAAACACACAGAGUCACACCGAUACGGGGGCCAUGGAGAGGCUUAUCUACUCUAACCCUAUCACCUGCAAAAUUCAUCUAAAAGCGUGUCCCUUUCUCAAUCGUCUCGGUCCAUUUGACGCUGCCAAACUCGGAGUUUCAUCACUAACGCGAACCGAGUCCCGGCGAGUCAACUCGCUGUUCUGCAAACACGAGGACGGGUCUUCCCUUAAGUACUCGAUCAGAACAUCGUGUUUCAACUCUUCCCUGGUGGACUCACCAGAUGGGUCAAUUCCCGAACCCCAUUUUGUCAAACCGAUUUCUGAAGGAGCUUCCAAGCACCAAAAGGCAUUAUCUGCGGGGACCGUUAUACUUCUCUCAGCUCUUGCAGUGAUAUUAAUCCACCCAAUCAUUGCAUCACCAGCUUUUGCAGCCUUUCAAAUUGCAUCUAAAACUGGGGGAGGAGUUUUACAGAAUGAAUUACUUACCAGUGCCUGGACUGGUUUCUUUGCUGGUUGCUUACAUACACUAUCAGGGCCUGACCACCUUGCAGCUUUGGCACCACUCUCCAUUGGACGCACCAGAUUGGAAAGUGCUGCCGUUGGAGCCCUCUGGGGCUGUGGCCAUGAUGCCGGCCAGGUAAUUUUCGGCUUGCUAUUUCUAUUGCUCAAGGAUCGGCUCCACAUUGAAGUUAUCCGAACUUGGGGCACAAGAGUUGUGGGCUUUACUCUUCUUGUUAUCGGAGCAAUGGGAAUCAAGGAGGCCACAGAAGUCCCUACUCCAUGCGUUGCCCUGGAAAACGGUGAAUGUGAUGUCAGUGGUUAUGAAAACCUUGAAAACCCAAAAGUCGUGAAGAAAAAAAUCGGGUUUGCAACUUUUGCGACAGGGAUUGUCCACGGGCUGCAACCUGACGCAUUGAUGAUGGUCUUGCCUGCACUUGCUUUGCCUUCUCGAUUAGCUGGCGCUGCAUUUCUAGGUAUGUUCUUGGUUGGCACUGUAAUUGCGAUGGGCAGUUAUACUGUAUUUAUUGGCUCAUGUAGUCAGGCAUUAAAAGAUAGGGUCCCUAGAAUAACAGAGAAGCUCACUUGGGCUUCUUCCCUUGUUGCAAUUGCUCUUGGAUUUGCCAUUCUCAUCAGCCAGUUUUUCGGGUUUAGUCUAUACUGAUUGCAUGGCAUUUCUCAAGUCGUAGUGUUCGGAAUAGAUUUGAAAGGGAUUAAUCAAUUCAGUGGCAGCAACUUUAUUCUCGGGGCAUAUUGACCCCACAAGAAUCAUCAUCCUUUUUCUGGUUUGUGGUUGUAGUUUUAUCCAUAGGAGACAUUUUUGCAUUGUAAUUUUUAGUUGUGGUUAAAAGUAGAAUGAUUUAACAAUUUUUCUAAUAUUCAUUUGAUUUGUGUUGCAGCUCAA